AUGUUAACUAAUCAUCUACUACAAGAUACAUGUCUGUCAUCUAAUGGCGAACCGAUUUUCUCCUGGCAACAAGUUCGUCGUGCAUUCAUCGAUUGGAAAGUUUAUAUUUACAUGUUCAUUUAUAUGGGCAAUGCAACUAUUGUUCAUUCCCUCAUUAUUUUUCUACCAACACUAAUCAGUGAGGGAUCUGAUUUGUCCAAUGCCCAUGCACAAUUGAUGUCUGCUCCGCCCAAUUUAAUGUCUUCUCCAAUCACAUUGAUUGCCGCAUUUUCAGCGGCUCGUUUUCAAGAACGUGGUUAUCACAUAACUGGAAUUUUGUCCAUCGGCAUUGUUGGAUGUAUUUUGUUAAUAACACUUGCUAAAUAUGGUUUGACAGUAUUAUAUAUUGUAACAUGUUUGACUUGUAUUGGCACAUUUUCUACCAUUCCACUUAUCAUGUCUUGGUUUACGAAUAAUAUUGGUGGAUAUACAAAACGAGCUGUAGCAACAGGACUCAUUGUUGGAUCUGGGAACAUGAGUGGAAUUGUCUCUGGACAUAUUUAUCGUGCUCAAGAUGCACCGUACUUCCUUCGUGGUCAUUUUAUCAAUCUCGGCUUCAUGAGUGCUAUAUUCGUUGCGUCGCUGGUAUUUAAAUACAUUCUUUUUCGCGAAAAUCGACGACGAGAUUCUUUAUCAAUUAGAGCACGUGAACAAGAAUUAGAACAAUGUGGACCGGAACCAUGUGAUGCACAUCCUGAUUUUAGAUAUACAACAUAA